AUUUGCUGUCUUCAUUUUCAUACUGACUUUUUAACCCAACUUGAAUGGUCAAUUGGCCCACUAUUGCAUCUUUUAAUCCUGUUGUAUGGCCUCAAUUUGAACUACUAAACUCAUUCCUGUAAAUCUUCCUUCUUCUCUGCCCUGUUCUUUGAAUAUUUAAAAACUUUUCUUGCAUUUCAUCCUUUUUUAAUCAUCAUCACCAUGACCAACCCCGUUGACUCUCUUUAUUCACCUUUUUACCCAAUCCACCUCAAAGUAACCCAACCUGAUCUGCUCUUCAAUUGUGUUAGCGCGAUAGCCCUAAUCAAGGGUAACCAGAUCGCUUUAAGCAAUCUAGAUCUACUUUUUUUGUCAAAAUGUUGUUAUCGAUCUGAUCAAGCUGAACUUGUGGCUGAAUCCUUAUCAUUUAUUCUUGUGCUAUCUUUUAUAAAUCUGAGUACAAAAUAAGCUUCCGUGUUUUACUUUCAUUCUGAUUGCUAAAAGUUAUAAUUCUGUCAGGAUUACUUUCAACCUUUCAACCUUGAAUAGGUCCUUUCAGUGAAAGCCGUUAUGUUUGUUAUCUCAUCAUCUUCAAUUAUAUUUGGAUUUUUGCUUUUAAGAUUGACUCGGAUAGCAGCCUCAAUCAAUUCCUCAUCAAUAGAUCUAGAUGAUGAAGAUAUUUUAUUCUCCAUGGAGAAGUCACCCGGAAUUUUAGCCGCUGAACAUCAUAUUGAUAGAAUAAUGGAAAAUUUGAAAGGUUUACACAUCGAAUCUCACAUCGAAACCAAUUCUUUUAAAUCACAAUUCGAUCCAAGUGUUGAUGAAGAGGAUCAUCCAGUUCUUGAACAUUACUCGGUAGACACAAACCAAGGCUCCAAUGUAAAUAACUUGAAACGUUUACUAUCGGAAAACUUUUCCAGGCAACGUAACCACGAAUCAGAUCCAAUGUACAAAGAUGAGGUGAGAGCAACAAUAUUAGGACGAAUGGCUUAUUACACAGCAGAAUCAUUUGUGCAACACUUUGAAGCUACUGUUAGCUUAGCUCGAACCGUAAAAGGAGCCAAUAUCAUUGGUAUCUUGCCUGGAAUAAAUCGGAAUCAAAAAACUGAUUCAAUUGUACUUAUUGGUGCUCACUAUGAUACAACUAAACACUCACCUGGAGUUGAUGAUAAUGGCUCUGGAAUUGCUGCUCUUCUUGAAAUGGUACGAAUUUUAGCCCCUCGAUCUGGAGAGUUGAAUAACACAAUAAUUUUUGUUGCCUUUGAUCUUGAAGAAAAUGGGAUUCUUGGUAGUUUAGCAUUUGUCAAUCAGUAUUUAAUUCCGAAAGAAUUGAAACCCAAAAAAACUGGAUUUACUGGAGCCUUUAUUUUGGACAUGUUGCUUAACUAUGAUCCAAACAAACGAUCUCAAACUUUACCCAGUGAUGUGACUAGAAUUGUUCCAAAGGCUGGCUCAUUCUUGCGAGGAAACCGGUAUGCUGGCGAUUUUAUUGCUCUCAUCUCCAGACGUGAUUAUGAUGAUGGUUUAUUGGAGCCAUUUAAGAAAGCUUGGUACACAAUGCCUUCCCAGAGUAAAUACAAGUUGUUGGUCAUUGAUCCACCGAUUCCUCAAUAUCCACAUUUUAUUUCUGCCUAUCGUUUUCGCAAUUUCAUGAGAAGUGAUCAUGCAGCGUUUUGGAAUCAUCGUAACAGAGAUUUCUUGGCGAGUCUUCCAGCCGUCUUAAUCACUGACACAGGCCCAUUUCGAGGAGUCCAAAGAGCCUGCUACCAUGAAUUUUGUGAUGAUAAAGCUCAAAUUACUACGGAAAAUUUAGAGUUCCUUAAGCGCAUUGUCGAUACUUUGAUAGUAACUGUUCUUAAUUUAGCGAACUGAAAAACCAAUGUUUUUAAUAAUAUUGGGUUUAAAUUUGUUAAUUAUCCAAAAAAAUACCAAAUUUCUCUGAUAAAUGCAGAUAUUUUUGUAUGUCAGAUGCCCAAGGAGUCAGGGUUAAGUUAACAAAAAAGGGUAUAAUUCAAGCUCAUUUUUAGGUGUUCCUGUCCCGAGUAUAUUUAGUUUGUAGACAAGAAAAAAAUGCAAACUGGACACAAUAAAGUUCAAUUUUACUUUAAUUUAUUGUAGGCGACUAUGAAAAAAUGUCCAUUUCUUUAACUUAACCCUGGUUAC